GCGAUGUUUAUCAAACUUUGCAAUCAAAAAUUUUACGGUCUUUCUCUUCUGUCGAGCAAGCUUGCAGUGCUGCCCAAAACUGCUAAUGUCAAAACGAACAUUCACGUAUGUACGUCUAGUUUAUUUUGAAGUUGGUACACAAAGGCACUCGCAGGCCGCGGCGCUUGCAGGUGCCGGCGCAUGUUUUGAGCGCGUCAUGGCCAGCCAGGUUCCAUCGCGAUCGCUUUUUGCGCUUUUCUGCAGCAGGAUCCGAGCACCAGGAGGCGUCGUUGCAGUACUUUCCUUGUCCCAGCACCUCCUAUUUCUUCCUUCGGAAGCAGCUUCGAACGUUGCGGAGCUGGAGGCAUCCAACAAAGGUGGACCUGCUAGCACGUCAGGGCAAGAGGACGAAGGUGACGAUGUGUUUACUGGCAUAGAUAAUGAAGAUUACAGCACAUCAGGACAGGCCGGCGGAGAUUCAGCGGGCGAAUGGAAUGCAAAUCUUGCUGAAGAAGAGGCAGAGAUAACGGACAGCCUACCUCCCCCCGUGGCAACUGAUACUGCAGGGAAGACCGCAGUCGGUGAUCAGGUUUCCGUGACGUCGAGGCAGGACGAAGAUGCGCAAAAUCAAAGCACCGAAGCAGUACAGCCGGUAGAAAGCCGGGAGGAGCGGACCCAUGUUACAACAAAGCGCAAGAAGAACAAGCGAGGUCGGCGGGCACCACGAUAUACGUCACAUGAGGCUCUUCGUGCAGAGCUCUCGAUGUUCGAGGGCACUCGGGAGGGCCACGAAGAAGUGCACUAUCAAAUGUAAAAAUGUCUGGGUCUGGGAACUUGUGAUGCUGGGUGGCGUCUCAUGAUGAGGCUACAAAUGCUGGCUCAGCAUGACAGCUUUCUCAGCUUCUAGGUGUUGCCUAUUCUGCAUGACAAACUGUGUUUCUGCAUGACAGAACAAUUGGGCUCUUGGGUAACGUGCAUGACAGAUUUAAGAAUCAUCCCAGACAAGCAUGACAAACAUCCACUCUUCCAGACCCAGACAUUUUUGCAUUUGAUAUGCACCACAUAGUGCACGACUGGUUCCAUUCGAUCGGGUUCGCGGUUAUCCACAGUAAAUUUCCCGUACACGUACAAAUGCGGUCUCCGCAUGACAAAACUUGCCUUCGAUUCUAGUUUAGCAUGACAAGUUUCACGCUUCAAAUUGGUAGAAUUUGUGAUGCAUCUUGUACAUGUACGGGAAAUUUGUAUUGCAUAGCGGUGGACGAGUAUGCGCGCACACACGACGAGCUUCUCGAGGGCCAUCACAACGUGAUGUUCGGCUCGAUGAGGCCCGGGUGUCGAGCGCAGAAAUACCGAGCACCCAACCAGUUUCCGCACCAGUACUGGUUUAAUGCGCUUUUUGUCGGCAUCGGCUGCGUCGUCGCGUUUGCGGGGCUACUCGUUUGCUGGUGGGCGAAGACGGUCUUCGAGGUGGGGUCUUUCGGGCUCUUCGGGACGAGUGCGGGAAAGGAAAAGUAUCAGAAGCGGCACCGGAUAAAGACACGAGUGUUGCACAUCUCUUUGGUUGCGCUUCCGAUGAUGGCCGCCGUCUGUUACCGGGAAUGGGUACUGCUGAUCACCGAUGUUUGUACAACAACUUGCUUUUUUUCGUUUCGGUUCGUCUACUCCAAACGAUAUGGCGGGAUAAAUUUCAUAUCUCUUUAUUCACUGAUUUUAUUGUCUUCAUGGGGGCUGUGGACACACAGCUCGAUUUAUGAUCGUGUUGUCAAACUACAACUGAUCAUGUACUUUCUGGAUGUGACGGGAUGCCAAAUCGGUGAGGGCUGUUGAAGAUAAAAAUUCAACUGCAGGCGGAGCUUGCUGAGAGGUGGCACGACCGGCGCGAGAUCCUGAUUUUGUCCGUGGUGACGCACCUGGAUUUUAAGUCAGCGGAGCACCGCGCUUGGUUGGAGCAGCUCCCAUAUAACUUUCUAGGCGUGGACUGCCCAAACCUGGAGGUGGCCGAGCACACGCCGGGCUCUCUCGAUUCCGCUUGGACAGUGCUGCCGCUUGCCUCCUGGGCCCUGGACCACACCUGGAAGCAUCACAAGUAUGUUUACUGGGCGGAUCCCGCAAUCGUGCCCGUGCACAGCGCAGCCUUGCGGAUCCAGGCGCACGAGCACAUGGAGGAGGGGAGGCUGCUUGUGGUGGACGAGCAGGGUGGAAUGCUGCUGCACACGGGGCCACUGUCCCGCGAUCUCCUCAGCAAAGCCCGCGUGCUGUGCAAAAGUCCCGUCGAGCACCCUUUCGUUGCGCUCCUGGCACUCGCCGUCGGUGGGGAUAGUUGGUACGAAACAUGUUGCCGUAUUCCUUCUAUGCAGCUGGUCUGCAUGAAUUAUUCUCAUGGUGGAACAACCAUAUUGGCCCGUGGCAGCAGAAAAGUGUGCAGUGAACGCGCCCGUCUUUUACACUGUCUACCGCGAAAGUGCAGUGCAUUUGUCUUUAGGACGAUGUGGCUCUUGAUCAUUUUCGCAGAACUUCAUUUCACAGGCACGCGGCGGUGGACAAAGUAGCAACGCAGACCGAGGAGGGACGAUGGAUGCUGCGCGCUAUCGAGACUAAGCACGCGAAGGUUUUGAUGAAUUUGACCUUGCCUAUGGCGUCCACAGAGCCGUGGUGUGAACUGUAGAUGUCACCAAGGCGACGUCCUCUUGAGUCUCAGCCGAUAAUCGGAGCACUCUAUCUGUGGAUGAAGAUGACAAGCAGGAUACUGAGUAUCUUUCUGAGGGUGGCAAGGUUGUAGAUGCAGUACUCAGACGUGCAGCCAUUGAUGAAUGGGACCGCAUCAGGAAAAGGAAAGAAACGGAUUUUAUUCGCGCCGUUACUGUUUUUGCAUCGUUGCAUCUGCUCAAGCGAUUUGAUAAACAACGCAUCAAAUGGCGCUUCCUGCCCGGU